AAAAAAAAAAAAAAAAAUGGCCAAUUCAAGUUUAUCAUCUGCUGUACUUAUGAAGCUAAUUGCUCUGUUACUUCUUUGCAUUGACCCUACAGAUGCUCAAGUAGGAGUCGUUUUCGGAACUAAAACUCGAAAGCUACCACACGCGAAAGAAAUAGUCGCGCUUUGCAACAAACACAACAUCAAACGAAUGCGAAUUUACGAGCCAAACCACGAAAUCCAAGAAGCACUAAAGGGCAGCAAUAUAUCACUCAUUCUUGGAGUUCCGAACAAAGAUAUUCCCACAAUCGCCUCAAACUGGUCCUUCGCGCAAUUGUGGGUCGAAAAAAACAUCGUCAGCUUUAACGAUGUCAAUUUCCGGUACAUAGCAGUUGGAAAUAAUAUCAGCCCAUUAGACAAAGCCACCGAAAAAUACGGGCCUCACGUGGUCCCCGCCAUGCAGAGCCUGGAGAACGCGCUCACCGUAGCUCGUUUUUCGAAAAAAGUCAAAGCAAAAGUCAACGUCUCGACUGCCAUAAGCCCGGAUCUCCUCAUCCCUUUCCGAACCCCUUCCGGGUCGGUUUUCGCUCGGGAGGUCCGGGCCCACAUUCACCCGAUCCUCGACUUUCUCGGAAAAUACGGCUACCCUUUGCUAGCCAACUUGCACGUGUACUUACCAUACGUGAAAAACCCGAAAAACACGAGCCUCGAUUAUGCGCUUUUCACUUCCAAACGAGCCGUGAUAAAAGACGCGUUUCACGAUUAUGACAACUUGUUCGAUGUUCUUGUGGACGCUAUGUAUUAUUCGGUCGAGAAGUACGGUGUGAGUAAUGUGGAGAUUGUGGUAUCUGAAACGGGCUGGCCCACUCGAGGUGGGCUCGAGGCCCAAUUGAAAAACGCGAGGAUUUAUAACGGUAAUUUGAUUCGGCAUGUGAAGGGAGGGAGUCCGUUUAAGCCCGAUAGGCCCGUCGAGACUUACGUGGUCGGGUUAUUUGACGAGGAUUUAAGGGAGCCCGGGUAUGAAUAUGAUAAGCAUUGGGGGAUUUUUAAUGAUAAGAGACAGCUCAAGUAUCCUGUUGUGUUUGAAUGAAUGAAUAAUGUCUGAUUUGAAAUAAAAAAAGUUAAAUUUAUGAUUAUGCGUUUG